UGUUCUUGCAGGAGUUAUGAUUUAAUGGAAAAGAUUCUUAAGGUUUACAUAUAUAAAGAAGGAGAAAAACCCAUCUUCCAUCAUCCAGUAAUGAAGGGAAUAUAUUCCUCAGAGGGUUGGUUCAUGAAGUUACUAACAGCUAGUAACAAAUUCGUCACCAGAAAUCCAAACAAAUCCCACUUAUUCUACUUACCUUUUAGCUCUAGAAUGCUUGAAGAAACAUUAUAUAUUCCAGAAUCUAACAGUAAAGAUAAUCUGAUUCAACAUCUUAAAGAAUAUCUGGAUUUGAUUGUCACAAAAUACGAUUUCUGGAAUAGAACGGGUGGAGCUGAUCAUUUCCUUGUUGCAUGCCAUGACUGGGCACCAAUGGAAACAAUGGAUUUGAUGGCAAAUUGCAUAAGAGCUCUCUGCAAUGCUGAUCUGAAAGAAGGUUUUGUAUUUGGAAAAGACGUUUCUCUACCUGAAACAAAUGUUCGAAAUCCUCAAAAGCCACUAAAAGCACUUGGGGGACAUCCUCCUCCUCAAAGGCCAAUUCUGGCAUUCUUUGCAGGAAGAGUACACGGUUAUCUUCGCACUCUUUUGUUACAGCAUUGGGAAAAUAAAGAUCCCGAUAUGAAAAUCUAUGGGAGAAUGCGAAGAAAAGAGGGACAGAUGAACUAUGUUGAACACAUGAAGAGCAGCAAGUAUUGUAUAUGUCCAAAAGGGUAUGAAGUGAACAGCCCUCGAGUGGUAGAAGCGAUAUUCUAUGAGUGUGUCCCGGUUAUCAUAUCUGACAAUUUUGUUCCUCCUUUUUUCGAGAUAUUGAAUUGGGAAUCUAUUGCGGUUUUUGUGGCUGAGAAGGAAGUAGCUAAUUUGAAGAGAAUACUGGUGUCUAUUCCUGAAAAGAGAUAUUUGGAGAUGCAUGAAAUGGUAAAGAAGGUACAAAAACAUUUUCUUUGGCAUAGUAUUCCUGAGAAGUAUGAUAUAUUCCAUAUGAUUCUUCAUUCUAUUUGGUUCAAUAGAGUUCUCCUAAUGACCACUCCCACUUGACCAUUC